AUGAAAACAGUACCCACGGUAGCUACUACCCCAUCCACCGUCCGUCUCGUCAACACUGCCUUUUCUGCGGCGUGCCCUCCUGCGCCCGAGCGCAUGCCGCCUGUCUCUUUUGCGCCCUGUCUGUGCGCUUCUGCCACCAUUGUCGGCGUAUCCUCCGCCGGCCUGGCUCUCGGCCACCCAGAUUCGCAGCAACCACCAACGUCCUUUGCCAGUGCCCGAGAGAACGCCGCCGCCACCUUCGAGCGCGCUGUCGAGUUCCAGCUGCCCUCGCGGCCGCAUACCGCCGCCGCUGCGCAACCGCCGCCGCCGCUGCUGGCCUCUUCACCGCUGGACGGCGCAUUCGACACGCGCCCAAACAAUGAGCGGGCGCCAAUGCGACGACCACGAGGCCUGACGCUCGAAAGCGACAGCUCCCGGCUACGCGCCGCACAGGAGGCCGGAAAGAGGUUGUCGAUGCUGGAGCAGGACGCGAGCGGAGUCGACGGCCGGGAGAGCAGCACGCGUGCGCGUCCGUCGUGGGUGAAGCGCCUCUCGAUAGUGUCCAUCUCGCAGAGCUCGACGCGCUCCACCGCAAGCCCCGCAUCGCCGUCGUACUCGAACGGGUCCAUGGCCUUCUCCGUGGACGGCUCGAGCGCGCCCAUGAUUGCAGGAAGCGUGCCGUCUGGCCCUCUGCCGCCAAACAAGCUUGUAAAGCGCUCGACAUCCGUACGCAACUCGGCCGGUCCUGAAAUACGUCCGCCCAGCUCGUCGCGACCAACGCUGCGACGGCCGGCCACGAGUCAUCAGCGCUCCAGGACGCUGGGAUCGCGCCCGGCAUUCAUGGAUGUGCCGCCAGGUCGUCUUGAUAGCGCCGCCGCCACCAGCCUCCACCGUGCCGACCCGGAGAUCCGCUGGAAGCAGUUCUUCUCGGCCAAGGGUACCGUCGCUAAACGGCGAGGAUUGUCUGGAGAUCCGAAGGUUAUUACGCGGAUAGUCCCAAGCGAGAAGUAUCACCCGACCCUGGUUCUGGCCAACACGGUCACGGCUCCCACACUGGAAAUGGAGGACGCUACCAGCCUGGCCGGCGACAGCGACGGCGCCCGGAGUCGAGCGCAGACUCCAGCAUUCGUCGAGCUGCCGCCCCUCAGCCCCACGUCUAUUUCUGAAACCCCCGCAGAGGCACUUGCAUCGCCCGAAACAGGCCAAGGGGAUGAUCGUACCCGGCGCCCUUUCUCUUUUAGUGGCAUCCUCGGAAAUGUCCCGCUGUCGAGGAAGCCGCACCGUCGGCGUCGCCUGUCAGCCGACGGCGUUGCCCGCGCCGGCAGCCGCCUCUCCACUGCAACCACUGCCUCGACCCGAGAGGGCUCGGGCGCAAGGACCUACAACGAGGCUGACGCAAUGCCGGAGCCGACAGAUGCGAGCGGCACCGUCGACUCGCUCCGCGACAUCCAUUCUUCGUACAGCGGCCACACCGGCGACAUCGCCGACGUCAGUUUCGAGUCGAGCAGGCCGUCAUCCUCGCCUGCCUUCGAGUCACGCACUGUGUCUUUGAGUAAUACCUCCAAUCACAUCCCCUCCCGUGUUCCGUCACAGCAUGGAUACAACCCUCCGACCGCCCGCCCUCUCAGUCAUCGCCCUGCCUCUCCCUCCUCUGCGCCAAUCCGCCAUUCCCGUUACUCCAUUACCCCAUCCGAACAAGCUUCGACCCUGGUCGGUUCCGAUUCCGAGGUGCGCAUCUGGUCCGGAGAAGAGUCCGAUACAGAUCUCCAGAGUGACACCGUUUUCGAUUCGAUGCGCACGAGAGGCACCCGAGCAUCCUCAGGCGCCCGCGGGCCGACCAUUGAAACCAUCUUCGACGAAUCGCCCCGGCCCCUGAAGAACAAGGUCUCGCCCUUAAGAGACCUGCUGCCCAAGGGCACCUUCCCAGAACUGGACAAACAUUCCACCAUCCAGGAAGAGGAGAGCAACUUCUCAACACCAGUUCGCUCGAUAGUGCUCGACCGUGGAAAUGGGACCGGAGGCUCUCCGACCCCCGCCCCCCGUAGUACUUCCCGGUUUUCUUCCGACAUUCCGUCCUCACCACCGAACCCACUCAGUCUCGGUGCACUGGAAUGGGACACCAGCCCUGACGAAGUCGACGAUGGCCGGUGGUCUUUUGACGAAGAUGACAGCGGCCUGUGGGAAUUGAGCAGUGAAAAGACCCCCAGCACGUAUCAUGCUACUCAAUUGUCUAUUAGGCGCAGUCAUCCGAUUCUUACUAACUUGGAUUCGCGACCGGUCUCAAUUUCCACAGCACCACGGCCAUCUACCGAAACCUUUGACAGAGACGCAAAAAGCAGCAUUUUCGACUGGUCCGAGUCUGCGCUCGCCGACCGGAGCUGUGGAAACCGUACGCCGCCCCGGCCCAACACGGUCCACGGCAAGAAGGAUGCCAACAGCAGAGGCAGCCGCUCAGUGGGUCGACGGGUGCCGAGCGGCCUUCAUGCACGCAGCCAGAGCGUCCCAGUCGUUCCAGACGCAACUGGGAAAAGAGACCCGAGAAUGACUAACAAAUUCGGCACCUGGGGCGUUGGUAGCAAGGGUGUCACUGAGGAUUGGAACGACGACUUCGAUUUUGGCGACUGUGCAGAUGGCCUGGCCGAAACACGUCACGAAAAAGUGGAGAGUCCGUCGGCCAUGUUUGUGCCGAAAAGCAUCAGGGAGCAGCAGAACAAUGUGCUUGCCAACAUCGGCUUGCUCCGAGAGUGGGGCCUCUUAAUCGAGGAGCUGAAGGAUCUACGGGCACGAGCCGCGAGUCUUAACAUCUUGGAAGGCGCUUACAGGAACAUGUGGCAGCAAGUGGAGGCUAUGAUCGACUUGGCAGAUCAGGAAGUUGAUGAGCCACUUGUGCCGCAUCUCUCGGCACCGUCAUCUCCUGGUUUCGACGCUGACGCGUUCGAUGAGCCUCCGGCUGGCACGCCAGCCUCGGGUCGUGCAAGAGGGCGUUCCCUCCUUCAAGCCGCGAAAGAUAGCAUCAGGGACGGUGCUUCUCCUGCGCUCUCAGUCGGUAUUCACGGGAGACGAAAGUCGAUUCUAACCACGGCAGACGAUAUCUUCAGCAGUCCCUCUCCAACACCUAAGACGCCAGACACGCCGACUGUGAUGGCUGCUACACGUCCGCGGAAGAACUCUGAAGUCGUUGCACAAUCGGUAAUCGAGGCGCUCCAACAACGCAGGAACGCGGACUCGCUCCCUCAAGACCCAGGCACUCCAUCCAAGAAGGUUCCGUUUGAUACUGGGACUCUCAAACACAUUGUGCCUUAUGUCAACGGUCUCAUGCACCAGGCUAAGGCGGCUCUGCGUGAAACAGAGCACCUCUACUCCAGCCCGGUCCAGACCCCAACCACGGGCAACUCUCCCUUCCGUCGGUUCUUGGCCGAUCAAUCUGACGAGUCUCCUUCACGCCGAAGCCGAACCCGGUCGCGAAUGGCUCUUUCCGACAACACGUUCGACGCGCAGGACAGCGAGCUGGUGGCCAAAACGCAACAGAUGAAGUUAAUGACGGUCAUGUAG